AUGAUGAGAAAAAACUAUACCUCAUUGACUGAGUUCAUCCUGUUGGGAUUAGCAGACACCCUGGAAUUACAGAUUAUCCUCUUUAUGCUAUUUUUGGGGAUUUACACAUUUACAAUUCUAGGCAAUGUGGGGAUGAUUCUACUAAUCAGGAUUGAUUCUCGACUUCACACACCCAUGUAUUUCUUCCUGGCUAACUUGUCUUUCGUGGACAUCUGCUACUCAUCCACCAUCACCCCAAAGAUGCUGGUAGACUUACUGUCUGAGAAGAAAACAAUCUCCUUUGCUGGUUGCUUCCUGCAGAUGUAUUUCUUCAUUGCCCUGGCAACAACUGAAUGUAUCCUCUUUGGGUUAAUGGCCUAUGACCGGUAUGUGGCCAUAUGUAACCCACUCCUUUACUCCUUAGUCAUGUCCAGGACAACCUGUCUUAAAAUGGCAGCUGGGGCCUUCACAGCAGGGUUGCUGAACUCCAUGAUGAACACAAGUUAUGUAAGCAAAUUACCAUUCUGUGGUUCCAAUGUCAUCCAUCAUUUCUUCUGUGAGGGUCCCCCUCUUUUUAAGCUCUCUUGUUCUGAUACACGCCUGAAUGAAAUGAUCUUUUCCAGUUUUGCUGGUGUGAUCAUUGUGGGAAGUCUUCUGGUCAUACUCUCUUCUUACUGCUAUAUUCUCUUCUCCAUCUUUCUUAUGCAUUCAGGGGAGGGAAGACGCAAAGCUCUCUCAACUUGUGCCUCUCACUUGACUGCUAUAAUUCUAUUCUAUGCAUCUUCCAUCUAUACUUAUCUGAAACCCACUUCCAGCUACUCCCUGAACCAAGACAAAGUGUCUUCUUUGUUCUACUCAGUGGUGAUCCCCAUGUUGAAUCCUCUGAUCUACAGCCUCAGGAAUAAGGAAGUAAAGAAGGCUUUUUGGAAUGUGAUUUCUAGGAAAAGAAUCCCUUCAUUUCUGUGA